UGGAAAAACGCGAGCGCGGGAGAGAAUGAGAUUCUUCUGAAUAUUUGAUGGUGAUUGGAGGCUGGACCCGUUGCCAGUUGCAGUUACGCGUGGAACAAGUCGGCGUCGUAACCAGGCGCGUUCAAGAAGUUGCCCGGAAGUAUGAGUAUACGGGGAAGGAGAAGAUUCGCGACGGGGUAUUGUGACUCGUAAGGGAAGUGGUCAACGAUUCGCGUAUUCGUCCGAAGUGUCCGGUACGUGAAAAGGACGAAGGACGAUGUGGACAAGGUACACGCGAGAAAACCCAGAAAAAUGAGGUGCAUCCUUCUCGCUUUGGGCCUUCUGUUUGCCGGUUCGGCCAGAUGCAGGAGCGACGACGAUGAGCAGCAUCUGGAGCAGGAGCUCGAGCCACUUAAUCGGGGCCCGUACUUUGACCCGACGGCCUCGCCCAACGUCACGGCCCUCGUCGGCAAGACAGCGGUGCUCAACUGUCGUGUUCACAAUUUGGGAAACCGCACGGUCUCAUGGGUGAGGCAUACGGACAUCCACCUGCUGACGGUGGGCAACGACACUUACAUAUCCGACCAGAGGUUCAUCGCCUCGCACUUCCCGAGGACCGAGGACUGGACCCUUCAAGUCAAGUAUCCACAGCGGCAGGAUUCCGGGACGUACGAGUGUCAGGUCUCGACGACGCCGCCUAUUGGUCACUCUAUGCACCUCUCGGUGGUCGAGCCGAAGACCGAAAUCCUCGGAGAUGCGGACAUGUACAUAAAUAGAGGAAGUACUAUGAAUCUGACGUGCGUAGUAUUGCACAGCCCGGAACCGCCGCCGGCAAUCGUCUGGACGCACGAUAAAGAGGAGAUCAAUUACGAUAGUCCGAGGGGCGGAGUGUCGGUGAUUACGGAGAAGGGCGAACAGACGACCUCGUAUCUACUGAUUCAGCGAGCCCAGGCAGCGGACAGCGGCAAGUACACCUGCCACCCGAGCAACGCCAAUACCAAAACCGUCACGGUCCAUGUUCUAAAUGGAGAGCAUCCAGCGGCGAUGCAACAUGGCGGCCAAUUGAGACUCAGCAAUCCGCCGUUCGUGGUGAUGCUGGCGACUCUCUUGGCCUUUCGCAAUAAUCGGCACUGAGCGACAAGGAAGACGAGGACUAAAGUAGAAAUUGAAGGCGCACGAAAG